AUGAAUCUUACUGGAAAGAUACCUUCCCAACUGGGAAAUCUAUCCUUCCUUGUUUUUAUCGACUUAAGCGGAAACUAUUUUCAUGGUAGUGUUCCUCAAGAGUUGAUCCAACUCCGACGGCUAAAAAUCCUGGACUUCAGUUCCAACGACUUUAGUGGCGAAAUUCCUUCAUGGCUUCAUUUCUUACCUAAAUUACAACUUUUGGAACUUAGAGAAAACAGUUUUACAGGUUUCAUCCCACCUUCUCUCUCUAAUAUAUCCAUGCUCCAGCAUUUGGAUCUCUCUUCCAAUCCUCUACAAGGGAAAAUCCCAGAAGAUAUUGGAAAUCUUCAUAACUUGAAAACACUUGCAUUACAAUAUAACAGACUCACUGGUGUAAUACCAUUUCAGAUUUUCAACAUAUCCACAAUGGAAAGGCUUGGUUUUACAGGGAAUAACUUGACUGGUAAUCUCCCUCUUCAAAUAUGCCAUGGCUUCCCAAGACUCCAAGGGCUUUAUUUAUCUGAAAAUGAAUUGGGUGGUGAAAUUCCUUCCAAUCUAUCAGAAUGUUUACAACUUCAGAUGCUUUCUUUGUCAUACAACAAAUUUAGUGGAUCCAUUCCAGGAGAAAUUGGGAGAAUACGGACGCUUGUGAAUUUAUAUCUUGGUUCAAAUGAUUUGUCCGGGGCAAUUCCACAUGAGUUGGGUAACCUGGAGAACCUCAAGGAGUUGAGCAUGGGAAAUAAUUUUCUUAAUGGCUCUAUACCAGCCAGUAUCUUUAACAUUUCACCACUGCAACAUAUUGAGAUUAGUAGCUGCAACCUAUCUGGUGGAAUCCCACAAGAGAUUGGCAAUGCAAAUUUAUCUGAACUCAUUGAGAUAUACCUGCUUUCCAACAAUCUUAAUGGACCAAUUGCAAACGUCCUAGGGAAGUUGAGCUUCAUUGAAAUCGUAGACUUGACUGAGAACAAUUUCAUUAGUGAAGCUCCAGAAUUGAGCUUCAUCACUUCAUUGACAAGCUGUAGGUAUUUAACAACAUUGGCUUUUGGCAACAAUCCUUUGAAUGGCAUUCUUCCAUUUUCAAUUGGAAAUUUGUCCACUUCUCUUCAAUAUCUUUACGGUUAUAAUUGUGAUGUCCGAGGUAGCAUUCCAAAUGAAAUUGGAAAUCUCACCAGUUUGAUAUUGUUAAGUCUGUAUGGCAAUGAGUUGACGGGAUCAAUUCCAGAAAGCAUGGUGAAUUUGCAAAAGCUUCAAGGAUUAGGUAUUUUAAACAAUAAAGUAAGUGGAUCUAUCCCGGACUCUCUCUGUGAACUUCACAGUUUAAAUGUUUUGUCAUUGUCACAAAAUCAAAUAUCAGGUUCUAUUCCAGGGUGCAUAGGGAAUAUUACUACACUUGGUUCUCUAUAUAUCGAUACCAACAGAUUGACUUCCAGCAUACCUGCAAGCCUGUGGCUCCUGAAAGAUCUUCUGCAGUUGAAUCUAUCUACAAAUAUUUUGAGUGGAUCUAUUCCUCAAGAAAUUGGGAACCUGAAGGUUGCAUUUCUUAUUGAUCUAUCAGUUAAUCGAUUCUCAGGUAGUAUUCCAAGCACAAUUGGGGAUUUACAGACCUUGAGUAAUCUUUCCUUAGCACAUAACGCACUGCAAGGAUCUAUUCCGGAGUCAGUGGGUAAGAUGCUGAACUUGGAGCAACUCGAUCUAUCUCACAACAAUCUUUCUGGCAAUAUCCCCAAGUCCAUGGAGGCACUCAAGUAUCUCACGUACUUGGAUGUUUCUUUCAAUGAUUUAAGUGAUGAAGUUCCUUCUGGUGGUCCUUUCAAAAACUUUACAAGUAAAUCCUUCAUGUCUAAUGAGGGAUUAUGUGGUGAUCCUAUAUAUGGUCUCCCAUCAUGUCCAAAUGAGAGACAAAAGAGAAGAAAACCGAUGCUUGCAGUUGUAUUUUCUUUGUUGGGGAUUACAGUACUAAUUUUGAUCGUCAUAGCCUUGGCAUAUGCAAUUGGAAGAUACCGAAGGAAAAAUUUGGUCGAAAAUAGAGUAAACUUUGCACCUGGCACAACUCUAUGGGUCUCGUAUUAUGAACUUUUGCAAGCAACUGAAGGGUAUAGCGAGAGCCAUUUGCUUGGGACUGGGAGUUUAGGCUCUGUCUAUAGAGGGACUCUCAAUAAUGGAAGGGAUAUUGCAGUGAAGGUUUUCAAUUUGCAGCAACAAAAUGCAUUAAAGAGUUUUGAUGUAGAAUGUGAAGUAUUACGCAACCUUCGCCAUAGGAAUUUGCGCAAAGUCAUUAGUACUUGCUCCAAUCCAGAUUUCAAGGCCUUAGUUCUUGAGUACAUGUCUAAUGGAAGCCUUGAGAAGUGGUUGUAUUCGGACGAAUAUGUGUUGGAUAUCUUGCAGAGAAUUAACAUAAUGAUAGACGUCGCACAUGCAUUGGAAUAUCUGCACUAUGGCUACUCAACACCUAUUGUUCACUGUGAUUUGAAACCAAGUAAUGUUCUGCUGGACGAAGAUUUGGUUGCUCACUUGAGUGAUUUUGGAAUUUCCAAGUUGUUGGGUGAAGGAGAAAGCAAUGCGUACACUACAACCCUGGGAACCUUGGGUUACAUUGCACCAGAGUAUGGAUUGGAAGGAUCCGUGUCAAUAAGAUGUGAUGUUUAUAGCUAUGGCAUUAUGUUAAUGGAAGUAUUUACAAGAAUGAAACCAAGCGAUAAAAAGUUCUCAGGAGAUUUAAACCUAAGGAGCUGGAUAAACGAUUCUAUGCAUGAUGCAAUUACUCAUAUUAUAGAUUCGAACUUGUUGGAGCCAGAAGAGCGCAACACAAAGAAGUUGAGAAGUUUGUCAUUUGUAAUGGAACUUGCUUUAAAUUGCUCCAUGGAGAGUGCCAGUGAGAGGGUGAACAUGAGAGAAGUUGUAGCAACAUUGAAGAAUAUUAGAUUUCAGCUCCUGACUUGA